AUGAUGGUCUCUGAUGAAGAGAAGAGAUGGAUUGUUGUGGGAAUUGCCAUGAACAAAGUUGCUGCUCCUGUUUUGCGGGAUGCUGUCAAACAAGGGAUGGACACCAACUAUGCAAAUCUGGAAAGACACUAUCAACUUCUCCACCCGCCUUGUACUCUAAAGACAUUAACUCAUGGUGUGGUCCAAGCAGAUCCCAUCUUUGAAAGACUGAAAUUUCAAAAUAUCAAUAACAAUGAUCAUCUGUAUGGCAAAUGCUACAGAAGCUACAACUUUAGCAUUAAUGACUCUGUAGAUUUGGCCAAGUUAUAUCUACCAGAUUAUCUGGCUCAGUUUUCAGCCUUUGAUGACUCACUGGACAUGACUGCCAUCCUUCGUCUGUUGGAAUUUAGGAACUACAUGCAAUUGCCUGCUGCUGUGUUCUCCCCUCACAUCCAGGCCUCAGCUGAUGAUGUCAGGGAAAAUGUCAGAAACAAAUGGGGCCAUGUUGAUGUAACUGAGUGGACACAGGCUCUGUUUAAUGAUUGCUUUGACAAGCUGAAGACAUUGGUAAGGAGUCUCGGACUGACAGUAGAUGUGGAGAAGAACACAAUGGAUCAACUGGAUUACUGGCAAACAAAAGGUUAUUACACCUAGACAGCAGAAUAUUUUAUAAUACUAUAAAUCAUAAAUAAUCAUAAAUCUUACCAUGUUCAAAGGGAACACUAGACUCUAAACAAUUUUUGUUCCAGCAAAUAUAUCCAACUGUCAUAACAGUGAAUCAAUAGGAUGCUUUAGAUGGGCGCAAUUCCACAAUUUUAAUUUUGGUUCCAUUUUUAAAUGCUCCAGGUAUCGAUAUUUAUUACAUACACACUGUAUGAAUUGCUCACACUGUGAGCACAAGACAUAUUACUGAGAAAAAUAAUAGACUGCAAUACAAGUGUAUUCCUCCAGGAAACAAACUUAGUGAACACAUCAGCUAAAGGCUGGUUUUCACUAGCGACGAAGUCGGAGUCGGAGUCUUAAGCGGAGUCGUAAGAGCACUUAUGACCUAGUGAAAAUCAAACAUCGGAGUCGUAAGCGGAGUCAUAAGCGCGACGGAAUCGGAGUCAGAAGAAUCAGAACGUUUCCAUUUUCUUCCGACUCCGCUUACGACUCCGUCGCUUACGUUCCGCUUAUGAUCUAGUGUAGCCUGUUCCAGGCGUUCAGAUAAUGGGGAGCCGUGCGAAGUAAAAGGGAGCGCAAAAAAAUAAAAGCGAGGGAGGAGGACCCCAGUCCCCCUCUACUUUUCAUCGCUUUCUUUACUCCGCACCGCUCUCCACUAUCUGAACGCUUGGAACAGGCUAGAUCUAGUGAAAACCAGAUUGUCGGAGUCGGAAGCAGAAGCGGAAGGAUAAGCCAAUCAGAAAGCACGUUCCCACGCUUUGUGAUUGGUUUGGUUCUUCUGCUUCUGCUUCCGACUCCGACAAUCUGGUUUUCACUAGGUCAUAAGCGGAACGUAAGCGACGGAGUCGUAGGCGGAAUCGGAACGCUGUUUUCACUAGAUCAUAAGCUCUACCCUUCUGAUUACGACUUCGACUCCGACUCCGUCGCUAGUGAAAACCAGCCUUAAGCAAGCGCAACCUCGUUCCCAGGGUUCUCUCCUACCUGUCCCUACGGAGAUGGAACCUGGGAACAAGGUUGAGGCAAGCGAAGGUCCUGCACGUUAAAUUGCAUUAACUAACACACAACAUAUAGCACAUAUAAUGUACAGGCCUAAUGACAGCAGUAGGCAUAGUCUGUAUCAGGCUCUAACUUAGUCAGGACAAGUGAAAAGUAAAGGAAGCGUGAGAAAAACAAGCUGUUUUUUCUUUGUUUAUACUGAUUUUUGCCUCCGCUUGUACCCACUCAGUUACCGACUAACUGAGAGCCUGAAAAAUGGUGAUUUAGACAUAAAGACGUGAAAAUAAUUUGCAAACAAGUUCCAGCAAUUUCUUUUCUAAUAGUCAAUAACAGCACACCACAGAGGUUAAAUUAAAAUGUUAUGUAAUUCACAACAUUGCUGUAGCUAUACUUGCAGAACAGAUGAGAAAAGUGUUGCAAAUAUUAAAAGCAUCAAGCAUGUACAGCUGGUUGGGGCUGGUGCAUAAUAGGCAAGGGAAAAGUGUAAACCCAGAACUUGCUUCUUCUUGCCUAUUAGCUAGCUAAAACCAUGCAAGAACUGCCACUGAUAAAAAUAUGCAUUCCUUACAGCUAGUCCUGUUGGGGUUUAAUGAACAGUGACCUGAACAUGCACACUCAUGUGCCGAACCUAACUGAGUUUGGUUCGACUUUGGAGCGACAUUGGCGCGACAUCUGAUUCAGACGGCGCGCAGUGUGUCGAACCUAAUCUUUAUUUCAUGUAGGGAGACUCCGAGGGACUUAUGGGAAGAUUUAUAAAUUAUCAUAACGUAUGCAUUUGAUUCGGCACAUGAGAAGAACUCCGUAUGAAUCACCUGCCCCUCCAAUGUCGAAUAAUGCGACAGACCCUGUCGAACUUAACGUUUUUGCCACACCAAAUUAAAACUGCCGUACCAAACUGAUUCAGACGCCGCUCUUUUGCCGUACUUAAUACCUCAGUUAGGUUCGGCACAUGAGUGGAGCGGCGUCUGAACCGGGCCUAAGUGACUGAGAGUCAUGUUAUGGAUUUCUGGUUAAUUUUUUAGUUGUUACUCAAAGCAAAACCUUCAUAAUUUCUGUUUUAUUUCAAGGCUGUCAAUUAAUCAUGGGUCAUGCUGUGGACAGGGAUCUUCUCUGUUUGGUACAAGAUAAAGUAAAAGAUCUCAUCAAGGACUACAGCACCAUUCAUUCACAACUGAAUCUACAGAACAAGCACAUUGCUCAGCUUAAAGUAAAAGUUGCCACCCUUAAAGAUCAGGAUGAACGUAAAGAAACGAGGUUAGUUGAACAUCAUAAACGCCUUGAAGCGCUGGAAGAGAAGCCACAGGAGGAAUCAGAGAUCAGAAGUGAAGAGAUUGCAAAGGUUUUAGAAAGACUCGUGUCUCUCGAAGCACAGUUAUCGAUACGACUUCAAGUGGUGGAAGAAAAAGUAGAGCAACUAGAGCAAACUCAAACGAAGACAGAUGAUAGAGUAGGACAACUGGAACAAAGUCAAACCAACACAGUUUGUCAAGUGGAACUACUGAAGCACAGUCACACCAAGACAGCUGAUAAAGUAGAACUGCUGAAGCACAGUCACACCAAGACAGCUGAUGAAGUAGAACUGCUGAAGCACAGUCACACCAAGACAGCUGAUGAAGUAGAUUUGCUGAGUGAUAAAGUACAACUGCUGAAGCACAGUCACAACAAGACAGCUGAUGAAGUACAACUGCUGAAGCAAAGCCAGACUGAGACGGCUGCAAAAGCAAAUCAGCUCGAUCAAAGAUGUGCUGAGGUAGAGAGAAUUGGACUACAAUUGAAAACACAGAAGGACAAACCAGGUAAGCUAUAUUUGCGAUAAACUAAAGAGAUUAAUGUGCCCCAUUCACUCAUAUAUUGCAGUGAACAAGCAUGGUAUUAUUUCACAUAUGAAUCAUUUACAGACCUUCUUCACGUGCACGACGUUAACGUUCCCGUCGCAGGUGCGGUCACGUACAUGCACUAUAAAACGAAGACUGGCCUGUGUGUUUCACUGCGAUCCAUCGUCAAACGUCUGAGGUGUUUUUGUUUCAUGUAGAGGGAUUUCGUUCAGUGAUCCCUUAAGUGAAAAAGUUUCAAGCCCGAGUAAAACGUUGAUGGCAAAUAGCGCCGACAAUAACAGAAGUUUCGGUUUUCAAUCACUUAAAGAGUGGUCCUUAUUUAGAGCUCAGCAGGGGAGGAAGUGGAUGCUAUUAGGGAGUCGUGAGGAUUUUAGAGUAGUGAGUACGGAUUAUGAAAUAUCCACAGGGCAAAGAGUAGGAGUUACUAAAAAUCAGUGAACACGUUAUGUAUUCUAAGGAACAUGACUCUAUGGCUCAGACAAUUUAAAGCAUGCCCAUUCUUCUCGGGCAUUUGUUAUGUGCUGUGUUCCCACCGUGGGGCAUCUGUUAUCAGAGUUUUGAACGAGGGUGGGGAAUUUUUCAUUUGUGAAUUUAUUAUUUUCGUCCACUUUUAUAAAUAAAAAUCCAUGAUAUUUAUAACAAAAGCAUAAGUUGAAGCUUAGAGAUACAUAUGUAGAGAAGAACACUCCAUUGUGAAAAAAAAAUGUGUUAAGAAGCUCUGCAAAAACAAAACUGAAGAAAAAUUAGCUUUAUUAGGAAAGAUUGCUGCCUUAAAAUUUAUUUAAGUUUUAUAAAGCAAAGUACAUUUACUGGUCGUGGUAAAGUUUCCACCGUCAAGACGUUCUUUUCAAGUUACUGUAGAUAUCUUUUAUCAAGCAUUUUGUUGUUAUUUUUCGCUUUCGCAAGUACAGUUUAUUUAAAAUAAUUUUUAGCUUCUUAUGAAGGACGCAUACCUUUUGUCUUGUCCCCGGGGUAAGGCAUUUGCACUCCUUUGCCCCACCCUGGAGUUUUUGUAUGAAUCUGCUGGCCCCGCUGUUGGACAAUUACAGCUUUCCUAAGAAACAAUGACAAAUGUUCGGAGGGAAUUGGAAUUGACUGAGCCGCUGCUUGCGUAAGCAGCGAGACUCAUAAUCUGCAACGCCUAGUCCGUUAUAUACGCUUUAUAGGUAUGUGCUGCGCCAAAGGGUAUGUUUUUUUUAGCCGUUUUGGUCUGAAAUAGGGUAUCAAUUUCGACCAUUUUGGUCUGAAAUAGGGUAUGGUUUGUGCACUCUAGUCUUGAAUUGGGUAUGUUUUUAGAAGAAUUAGCUACUUCUUCAUCAUUUGGCGAUAAGACCAUUUCCCUUUUAUGUUUACGCCAACUACCGUGUUCGUGCCGUAACAGCUUGUCGCGCGCUCCGGUCACGCGCCGGGCUCCAGGGCUUCAGGUCUGAAAUAGGGUAUCAAAUUUUUGAUCAGGUCUGAAAUAAGGUAGGGAAAAUCGACACGCGCGAAAAACGCAGUGCGCAUGCGUUCAAAAUUAUACGCGAUACCAAAACAAACUAGAUUCCGGCCGCGAAAUUCAAAAAAGUAAGCUCCACACACAAAAGAUAAGCUUAGAAUUUCACGAACACAAAGUUAUUAAUUGCUUUAGUUUCUCUCUUUUGUACCACAUACUUUCCUCCUUGCACCAAAGGCGAAAAUCAUGUUUGAAAGUUCACGCUCGCUCUGGCAGCACUUCGCCGUAGCCAUUGUUGCUGUUUUGGUCAUCAUGUCGCUGAGCUCGGUCAAUGCGAACAACAAAAACAACCAAUGCAUGCUAAGUGGAAAAACAAGGACGGAAAAACCUUGUACUGGACGACUUUACCAGUUAGUUAGUUAAGUUAGUUUAAGUAAUUUUUUGUUGUGCUUAAUACUAGAACCGGCUGCAAACCAUUAAACAUAUCAAACAUUCCUAAAUGUUUUUCAAUUUAAAUGAGGAAGAUUUUGCAAAUUUUAAUUAUUGAAAAUAGAGACCUUGCGCAUGCGCAGACGUUUUGCACACGUGCCGGGAAAAUCAAAGAUUUUGGUCUGAAAUAGGGUAAGGGUUUCAGGAAGCGUGUCGCACAUCCCCUCCCAAUUUUUCUGUAAGUACCCCCCGGAAUUUUUGGGCUUAAUUUAGGAGACAAAAGGCAGGUCAUUGUGACAGGCGUUCCUUGCGUAGACCGUGGAAACUGGGACUAAGAAUCGUUGCGUGAUCGAAGCCACGCAUUUAGAGCUUUUCCGAAACGUGUCGGUCCACAAAUUCUGUCGCUUGAAAGCGUUGAUUACUUUGGAGCAAAUGAACACUACUGAGGGGUCGAAAAAAAAUAAGAAUCUUAAUUAGCAAAAUUGCGGCGGUCGGGUGUUGUAAACUUUUACUGUAUGUAAAUGAGUCUUGUGAUGAGCAUGCGAUUUAUUUUCGGCGAUGAUUGAAAUGAGGUGCCAUGUAAAUCACUUUUUCGAUAUCUGGCAAUGAUGUAAUUUCUUUGGAAUCGAGGCCCUUGAAUUUUCGUGUAAUUGUACUCGCGUAUAGCCUGCUACCGGAGAGGUGUUUUUGGUCGUCGCUAACACGCGUACUAAAUCAAUUCAGAAACAAAUAAAAAGGAUCGACGUCGAUAGAGUAGGAAGUAAAAAACCUUUAGCGAGUAAAUCAUGUUUCUUGUUGAAUUAAUCGCCUCCUCAUUUCUCGAUCUAGUCUCCAAGCAGGCGAGACUUGGUGCCGCUGUAAGCGCGUUCUUGUUGUUCUAGUUUUGCACUAAGAAUCGGCUUCUCCAUGUGGUGGCCAAUCAUGAGACCCAAGAAUAACCUAGUCAAAUAGUUCUGGUUGAUUAUCAUCCCCUUCCCUUACACGUCUGAAAAGUAUUUAAAUCUUUAUUAGAUCAGAAUCUGUCAUCUCCAGAUGUUGUAAAUCCUAACUUGCUUUUGAAUGUCACAACUAGAGUCUCCCAGGUGUAAGGAAUCUUGAGCGAUCUCGACAUAAGUAAAUCAAGUGGCAGCAAGUGUGAAUUCUUUUAAAGUGCUAGCUAAAACGUUUUUAUGGAUUAGCGAAUUCUUCAGUGUUCUUAAUUUUAUGUCAUUAUUUACUUAUCAUUAUUUUCAAUAUUAGUUAAUUACUUGUGGUGAUCUGCUUUAAUAUGAGGUUUUCGACUCUUUUGCAUUUCAUCCCUUGGCUUCAUGUAUAAGUUUAAGUUAAGUUAUUUUACAUUGAAUGCCAUGAAUUGAAUUGUAAUAAAUAAAUAAAUUUGUACUUUGUCCUGACCUUCAGGUUGUUUACUAAGUUUAACAGAGGCUCUUUGUUUUAAGUUAAUGUGCUUAUUUUAUAAUUAUACACUAAUUCAGGCACUAAUGGAAGUGUUUGUUUAAUAGUGGAGUUAUGAAACUCUUCGACAAUUUUAAUGAGGGGUUAUAGACCUAUGCUGUCAGGGGUUAAAAUCGCCCUUCCCCUCUCGGCGUCUAUAAAGAAAACUUUACAAAAUCAGGGGCGGAUUCUCAAAUUCUUUAUAAAUUUUUAAAGUGAGAAAGUGACAUCCUUGGCUUUGGAGCACUUUGCUUAGCUUUCGCAAAUUUCUUUCGUUUGAAGGCGGUGAACCUGUGCACAGUCAGGGUGUGAUUAAAGUCUAAUAGACGAGUUGAAACAUUUUGUGUAAAAUCCGAAUCGUUGCGACUAUUUUAAACAGGAUGCGGUUAGUUGAACGGCUUCAAGUUCUAGAUAUGUUCAUUUUUCACAUAAUUUGUGAGUUUUCAUCAUUCAGAGGGAAUUAAGUACUAAGUCGUUUCCGUCAGAUUUAAAGACAAGUUCCUCGUUUUUUAUGUGAAUAAUUAUCUUGUUUUUAAAUUCCUUUUAACGUGUGUUAUUGUAGUUCGGUUGUCUAGUUUUGAUUUCUUUCUCAGUCUAACCAGUGUUGUCGGGCAAGCUACUGACUAUUGACUGAAUUUCUUUUACUUCCAGAAGCUUCAUCUGUGCAACCUUUUGACUUAAAUUCCUGUCGAAGCAAACUAGAAGCUCAUUACCAAAAAACAGCAACUGUGCCCACAUCUGUUUGGUGUAAAAAAGCCGUUGUCGACAUUCACCAGAUCUACACUCGAUUGUCCUGGGUGAAAGAGGAACAAACCCCAGCUGGAACAACACAAUCGGAGCUGGAGCAUUACACUGAACUUUUCACUGCAAACAAGAACGGCUUUAUUCCAAAGAGAAUACUCGUGCAAGGGCAGACGGGAAUUGGAAAGAGCACGUUUGUGAAGAAGCUGCUUGUGGACUGGAUUGAAGUGAAUAAGGAGACUGGUGAUGAGCAAACAGCUGUCCUGAAGAAUUUUGAGCUUGUGGUUGCUGUAAAUCUCAAAGAAGUGUCCAAAUGUCAAAGCCUUAAAGAUGUCAUAAGACUCUCUAAUAUUUUUGCAAAGGAGGACAAAUACACGACGGACGGCCUUGUUGAUUAUAUCACUUACAACCAAGAGAAAGUUCUUCUGAUCUUUGACGGCUACGACGAAUACCGAUGUGGACGCGAAUCAGAGAUAUACGAGAUUUUUGGUCGAAAUGGCUUGCGAAAUUGCUGUAUAUUGAUAACAACUCGUAUCUCAAAAGCUGACGAGCUGCGAGGAGGUGAAGACCUGCAAGCUGAAAUCACAGGGUUUAGUAAAGUAGAUCAACUAGGCUUUAUGAGAAGAUUUCUCGGUGGCGAGGAAGUGUUGAGUUUGCUCUCUCACUUGCAUAGAAGAGAUUUAAGCGAACUGGCGAAAGUUCCCUUACUUCUCUUGUUUUUCUGUACUCUGUGGAAAAGGGGACAGUCAAAAAACUUUCCAAAAACUAAAACUAAAUUGUAUAUGGACAUCAUCGAGUUUGUUUUAAAUCACAGCCAUAGCAAGCAACCAUCACCUGGUUAUGUCGAAGUGGCAUCUUGCAAAGAACUCCUCUCAGAAAUAGGUAAGGUUGCCUUACAAGGUCUUAAGAACGACGAUCAUUUGUUUGAAUACAGUCAGUUGUCUGAUUCCGUCCGUUGUGACGAAAGCGUCUUCACCGGUUUGCUACAAAUCACCGAAUAUUCAGAAACCUUACGACCAGUAGGAAUGGUGUCCUUUAUUCACAAGAGCAUCCAAGAGUUUCUGGCCGCUUGGUACAUCACCUACAGAUGUUUAGAAGAGGGGAACCUUUUUGAAAUUGAUAUGAAGUUAGAAGAAUGCUUGGCUUUACGGAAUGUUUUCGAGUUCAUCUGUGGCCUGAGUGAAGAGGGAGCAUUUGCGACUUUCAGGCAUUUGAAGUCUGUGAGAAUCUCAGAUUCUUCGCUGGAUUUGUCUCAGACAGUCCCGGACUUAGAAAGCGAAACAGACAUGCCACUGAAUGACGUCACUGAUCGUCAGUGGCAGUUCAGUGAUUUGGUUUUAGAUUUAUUUGAAAGGGUCGAAUCAAAAGCUGAUCUUUUAAGACCUUGUUUGGAUUGCCUUGGAAGUGUCCUUCUGUUAAGGGCAAAGGAAGCUAGCUCCCUGUCUUUGGUUUCUGGACAACCCAUGGAUUAUUUUGUAUCUGCCGCACACUCAGUCUUGACACUGUAUGAGGUGGUUAGAAUGCUGGUUACUGAAGGUUAUGAAAUUUUCAAUGUUGCAGAAUUUUUAGAAGAAUUCCUCCUCAAGUUCAGUAGUAUGUCUUCUUGUCGGUGCGGUUUUUCCUCAGUACUUUGUUUCUUUAAUGGCCAAGUCUUCUUUAACAUCACACACCUGGAACUGUUGUGUGAGGACCACGCCAGGUUAUUCACUGACUAUGUUGUUCCUUCUCAUUCAUUACAUUUAAGUUCAGGACAGUUAAGUCUGAAAUUUUUGAAAGUUCUUAAGUGUUCCGGGAUUAGACUUUCAAUGGAAAGUCUUGGUGCUGUUGUCAAACAUUGUAAUCAUUUGAAACUCAUUGAAGUUUCAGUCAGUGAUGACUCCUUAAUCCAUUUCUUGCAACAUUUACCAAAUUAUUGCAGAUGCUCCUUAUCGAUCCAGUUUUGUUGCUUAUCAUCAAAGGGAGCAGUAGAGCUUUCAUGUUUGUUACCAAGGUUUGAAAACAUCAUUCAUCUUGACCUUCGCUUGGCUGAGUGCUCUGAUGAAGCAGUAACUAACUUGGUUGCCGCUAUCAAACACAAGACUCUUGAGAACCUGGCACUUAGUGAAACCAACAUAACGUCAGCAGUAGCUGAGGCGCUCAGUCAGUCGCUACCUGAACUAUCAGCUUUACGAACACUGAAGAUAAGUAGCUUGACUGAAUUCUCUGAUGUAGCAGUAACAAAAUUGGUUGCUGCUAUCAAGCACAAGACUCUCGAGAAACUGCAACUGAGUAAAAUGAACCUGCCGUUAGCAGCAGCCGAAGUGCUCUGUGAGUUACUUCCUAAAUUAUCAGCUUUACAAACACUAGAGAUAAGUGUGUUGACAGAAUGCUCUGCUGAAGCAGUAACAAGUUUGGCAGCCGCUUUCAAGCCCAAGACUCUCAAGGAACUUAAAAUUAGUGGAAUCAAACUGACGUUAGAAGCAGCCGAAGCGCUCCGUCAGCCACUUCUUGAAGUAUCAAAUUUAAUACUUGAGUUAAGUGGCUUUGCUGAAUGCUCUGCUAAAGAAGCAAGUAGAUUGCUC